CAAGGAGUCAGAACUUCGGCAUUUAUAUUGUUCAUUUAUUCGGGAUGUUGGCAUCAGGCUGAAACUACCUCAGAUGACUCUAGCGACAGCAAUAAUGUUUUGCCACCGCUUCUAUAUACACCAGUCCCUUGCCAAAAAUGGAUGGCAGGUGAGAAACUCUGUUUUAUUGUGGCAGUGAUGGUCGAUGCUGUCUUUGAAAAGCAAGAAGAGUGCAGAGUUUCUUUGCCAAGCAUUUGUUGGAAUGAUCAACAAUCUAUUCUCCGUUUCCUACUUAACAUUGCAAAAUAUCCUUCAAAUAAUUUAAAGUAUUUGACCGUGUAAUGCCAUUAGCAUUUAAUUUUUUGAUUACUUGCUAAUUGCUAAUUCAUUGUGAUGCUACUCUACCUCAAGUUCACACAGUGAUUUGGACAUUUCCAAAGAAUCUACUUAGCUACAAUGUUACAGAAAUAUGUUUUAGACCUUUGAUGAAGUUCUAAUCCCCUUCUCUAAUACUAAACAGUUUUGAGGUAGUUAGAGUUGUUUUCUGUUUACCUGGGAAGUUUGGCAGAUCACCGGUACAAUACGAUUGUGCUUGUACUUUGUCAUAACUGGGCAAGUGCAUUCAGAAUUUUCCUAUUGAAGUUGCUUAACCCCGACCAGCCAACUGGGUUGCAACUUACUGUUACAACUUAAAAAAGUUUGACAUACAUUGACGGAUCAUCUUGUGAAAUUACGAAUUCUCCAACAGUUGCAGCUGUAUGUGUAUUUCUGGCAUCGAAAGCUGAAGAUACUCCUUGCCCCCUGGACCAUGUUGUUAGAGUAGCCUAUGAGACAAUGUAUAGGCGGGACACUGCUGCAGCUCAAAGGAUCCGCCAGAAGGAUGUUUUUGAGAAGCAGAAAGCACUAAUUUUGAUCGGAGAGAGAUUGGUUCUUACAACUAUUCGAUUUGAUUUCAACAUUCAGCAUCCUUAUAGACCACUUUUUGAUGCUAUGAGAAAUCUUGGCAUCAAUCAGAAGGAAGUGAAACAAGUAGCAUGGAACUUUGUGAAUGAUUGGCUUAAAACAACACUGUGCCUACAGUAUAAACCACAGUAUAUUGCUGCUGGAUCUCUUUACCUGGCGGCAAAGCUUCACAAUAUCAAGCUUCCGUUACAUGGAGCGCAUGUCUGGUGGCACCAAUUUGAUGUUGCACCAAAGCCUCUGGAAGCUGUCAUUCAGCAAAUGAUGGAGCAUGCUGCUGUGAAAAAACUGAUGCCUGCUCGUCCCAGUCCAGUUAAGCAAAAGGAAGUUCCAUGUGAAGCUAAACUGCACAUAUCUAACAGCCCGGACUCUGUGUUGAAUCAAUCAAGCUUGUUAAUAAGCAGCUCAAGUCCUGAUAUUGGCGAGCCCAGUGACCCAAUGCAGCUGGAUUCCUGUCAAUACUUGAUAAGCAGUCAUACAAUUGAUGGUAGGGUCUCAGGUCCGGACAGCAGUUCGUUGAGUGUAAGGGCUUAUAUAAAUGUUUCUAGGGAAGUACAUGAUGAAGAGAGCUUGGAUCAGGCCUCACUAACCAAACAUGACGAUGGGAUGAUGUCACAUAGUAAUCAGACAUCAUUAGAUGCAAUUGCAGCCACUGAGGGCAGUGCUGAAUGUAUGAAGCAGGAUGUAAGCCAUGGCACAGUCAAUGGCAAAAACUUGAACCAGGCAUCAAGAAAUUGGCAUGGUGGUAAUGUGCACCCAUUACCUGUGGUGAUAUCACUGGAUGCCAAGGUGGGCCAAGAAAGCACUUGGUGUGUCGAACCAUUAAUUGGAAGCUCUAAUCAUUGUACUGACAGUCUCAUUGUGGAUAGCUUGUGCACUGAUCAGAGAUUGGCUGAUGCUGCUCCAGGCCCCAUUAACGAUGCACCAUCCGCAUCGCCAGUUGUGGUGGAGGCUGAUCCUUUGAGGGCAGAACUUAAAAAGGUUGAUGUUGCCAGAAUAAAGGAUUUAUUGUCGAAGAGGAAGAGGCAGAGAGAGAUCCAAGAGCGAGCCAUUGGUUCAGACGACCUCAGUGAAGAAGCCUGGAUUGAGAGAGAGCUUGAGUCUGGGAUUGUUAUAAAACAAGAAGCUGCUGCCUCAGACGGGCUGAGUGAUGAAGCCUGGAUCGAGAGGGAGCUCGAAGCAGGGAUUGUGGUCGGACCAAGAAACAAGCAGGCAAUCACUUUAGAUGGUUUGAGUGAAGAUGAUUGGAUCGAGAGAGAGCUCGAGUCUGGGAUUAUUGUUGAGCCAGCGUCUGCCAGCAAGAAACAGAAGCUAGAAUCAAGCUGCUGCUAGCUCCUCCUGAGCUGCUGCACUCAGAGGAUGCUUUCCGAGCAGGUGAAUAAUGACAGAUGGAGUCAGCGGAUAGAUGUCACAUCUCUUUGUUAUUUGUUUAACGAGACUCCUCGAGUGCUUUUAACUCGAGGGGUAUGUGCACAGUGGGAUAUUCCCAAUUUCUUGAAUUCAGAAUGGCAUCAUAUCCACCGUCUUGGUUCUUUUUGUUGUGUGUAAAUCCAGCAUGACCAAAGUUAUUAUUAGAUUAUAGUUGUAACUGUAGCAGGGAAUUAUCUGUUGUUAAACCCAACUAGAAAUUGAUUCUUCAGUGUGACUGUAACAAAUGAAUUUUUUUCGAGUGUAGAUGUUAACAAAAGGAAAACAGCACUUGAAAAGUGUAAGUGUUUAUAAAUUGAAGAUGAGUAUAUUCUAUA